AUGUCAACGACCACUCAGCUCAACUUCAGUGCUGGAGCUUUGAAUUCGUUCAUAUUUUCUUCACUUUUUGGCAGAAUUUUCGCCAUUUCUGUGUGUACAAACUACCAACUCUACACGAGAGAAUACCAAACUAGAAUUGAUCGAAAGGAAGACCCGACCUUAUCAGAUGAAGGUCCUCUCCCUGCUAUCACUGUCAUCGAGAUAAAUUCCAGUUUUAAAAGCAAUUCUGCUCCACCAUGACCGGACGAGAUUACAAAGCUUUCCUAACGCAUCACAGGACUGGACCAAAAGAAAUUGGUAGAGCUUAUGAAUCAGAUAAACUGCUCAUUCGCAUGACACAAGGCCUCGGAAGCAGCCGGUAUGUCACCCCAGACUACGAGAAGCUCAAAGCUCUCACGCUGGAAAAGAAAAUCACCGGCAACAGAUCCUUGAUAAAGGUUAACCGCCUGGCAGCCAUCUCCAAAGCUAGCCAAGAGAGCAGCCUCCUGAAACAGCAUCGGAUGGUAUGGCAGAAAGAAGUCCUACGCCUCGACGCCGUUCGCAAACGAGCCGAAGCAGAGCAGGCUUUGGUUUUCCAGAGCGGCAUGUCCGAGAAAUCGUCCAUUUCGAUGUUCAUGCUGGAUGUAGAAGAUCAAGAGCUCGAAGCCAGAGCUCAGUUGAAAGAUUUUAAGGCUUCAACCGUGGACCCUAUCUGGACUCUCCGAGAAGACCUCCAAGCCUGGUUGUCCGAACAUUCGAUCCGGCUUCGUGAUCGCUCACCCUCGACUGAAAAUCUCACGGAGCAACACGCCAAAAUCUCUGAAACCGUAGAGUCUGUUUACGAACAACAGCAGGCUAUACUGGACCGACUUGGACACGAACAGCUCAGCUUAGAGCAGGAUCUGAACUCAAACUACUUGAGAAGUCUCUUCGCCGGUGCUGAAAAGUGGGUGGUGGAAGGGGUUCCGGUAGAAGCGCAGGUCUUAGUUUGUCCCGAUAUGGAACUGCGAGAUUCGGUAUUGUCCGAGUUUGUAGUGUUGGACCAGAAGUAUCUGCGGAGACUCAGAGAGCUGGAUAAAUUGCAUCCAGAUGUUUUGAGGUCAGACACCGGUGGUUGGAGCGACCAGGAUCAUUUUGCCUUCCAAGCUAUCUUAGACCAGUACCCACAUGACCUGUCCAAUAGGAGAGCUCUCUACAUCAACAGGUUACGCCGUCAGCUUCCACACAAAACACGAGCAGAUGUGGUGGCUCAUGAAGACUGGACUUUGAGCGACAGGUUCUACACAGAGCACCGUCGGACCCUGAUUAACUGUUGGGCCAGAGACAAACAGGAGCUGUAUGACAAAGCAGUAGCUGUGUUUGCUGAUGCCUGCCUCGCUCAGGAACUGCAACAAGCUACGGCCAUCAACAUCCAGCGGCAAGAUGAGAUAUGCAAGGAACUUGCUCAGAAAGUGCAGAGAUGGCGAGAGCAGAAGCUUGAAGCCAUGAAGUUGGAGGACGAGAUGGCGUCACAACGACGACAGCUUUUUGAGCAGCAGAGGAUCAAGGAGCAAGAGGCCGAGAGGAAGAAAAGAGCACUUAACAAACAGAAGUUGGACGUCUACCACACUAAGAUGUUAAAAGAGCAGGAGGCUAGGGAGCUCGAAGGCAAACAACGUCUGCUUGAGCUUCAAGAAGCCAUGGCCCAACAAGCCCAACAGGAUAAAGAAAGAGUCGCUUAUCGAGAAAUGUUGAUGGAGGAGCGCUUGCAGAAACAGCAGGAGGAGAGAAUAAGGGAAGCUGAGGAAGACAUAGAACGAGAACGACGACUAGAUGCAAUAAGACAAAUGGUUGAAGUACAUGUUCAACAUGACCCCCAGAGAGUCUUCCAAGCCACCAAGGCAUUCAAUGCACAUCUUGGCAUUGGAGUUGAUGAGGAUAUCAACAUACAGAAGCCACUGUUUGAUGCCAGAGGGUUUACUUCAGAACAGGUAAUGGCCGACCCGCGUGUAAAGCUUGAGGAAGCACUGCGUAGAGCUGGCUUACACCAGAAUCCCUACGCGAGAGUGAUGUUAAAGGACGUUAAGCCACUGAAGCCUCCAAGAAAAGACCAAGAAUCCACCGUCUUCAAAGACGUCGACAAGUGAAGUCACCAAGGCAGUAAGUCUUCCCAAAGCUAUACGCCAACAAUUUUCUUUCAGAAGCUUUCUGUUAGU